AUGCGUAUUCUUUGCCUCCAUGGUUUGGGAACAAAUUCCAAAAUUCUCGAGUCACAGCUUACAACACUCCGGUCUCGGCUCCCUUCUGAAUGGGAAUUCGAAUUUCUUGACGGCGAAGUAGAAGCGCAACCAGCUCCCGGUGUCUCUGAGUAUUUCCCCGGGCCUUACCUAUGCUACUAUGACGAUCCUACCCCUCAGGCGGUGCAAGACGCAGUCGAUAUGAUCAUGGACGUUGUCCAGGAGGACGGACCAUUCGACGCUAUAUUAGGCUUCUCGAAUGGAGCAGCUCUAGCUGCGACCGUGAUAGCGGCUGGAAUGGAGAAGGACCCCUCAGAUCCCCCAUUCAAGGCUGCAAUCUUCAUUUGCCCGACAAUGCCUUUUCGUCUUGACUCUGGCCCUCUCCAGGUUACAGUCACCGAUCCGGACACCAUAACCGCGAUACGACAUGACCUUGACGAAGAGGCAAACAAAACCUACGACUGGCUCAGUGACCCUGAAACGGCUGGCAUCAUGGAUGAAUUCGAGAAAAAGAAGAAGAGACUUGACUACAGCGAUUUGAGCAGGCUUCCUCAAACCGUAGAGCUGCUCCUGCGAUACCACCCAGAUGUUCAGGCACGAAUGCUACAUAUCCCCACUGUCCAUGUGAUUGGGGACCAGGACGAGUAUAAUGAGCAGGGCCACAAAUUCACUCAGCUCUGCGACCCGAAGCUCCGGAAGAUUAUAACACAUGGUGGAGGACAUCACUCUCCCAAGGAGAAGGGAGCUAUUUUGAAAACCUGCCAAGCGAUGGAGUGGGCAUGCGAUAGAAUCAUGUUCUCUAGCUAUUAA